GAACUGACGCCAUUGUGUUCCCCUUUAUUACCCUAACCGUAUAUGUUGUGUUCUCCCUGCCGCAAUUGAGGAGGAGGCUGCCUGUUUAACGGUCGUGUUUCUCUGUCACAGAAGCUCGAUUCUUUCCUAAUAUGUACUGCUGAAGCAAUGGUAAUUUCAUUUAGUGCCGUCUCCCAGGAAGGACAGCCAACAAUAUUUACAGAGAUGGGCAAGGGACCUGGUCUCUUUUCAGACAUCGGGAAGAAGGCUAAAGAUCUUCUUACAAAGGACUACAAUUAUGAUCACAAGUUUACCGUGACUACAUAUAGUGAGACUGGUCUGGCCUUUACAUCAACUGGUUUAAAGAAAGGGGAAUCUUUUCUUGGUGAUCUGAAGACAGAGUACAAGUACCAAAAUGCAACCGUUGAUGUGAAAGUUGACACUAAUUCCACUAUCUCAACAAAUAUCACUCUUGAUCAAUUUGUUCCCCAUGCCAAGACUGUUUUCAGCUUCAAAAUACCAGAUCAGAAGUCUGGCAAGGUUGACUUGCAGUACCUUCAUGAUAAUGUUGGGUUAAGUUCAAGCAUUGGCUUGACACCUACUCCUAUUGCGGAGUUCUCAGCAGCACUUGGCACGGGUGAAUAUUCACUUGGUGGGGAGUUGGCAUUUGACACUGCAUCUGGAGCAUUUACGAAGUACAGUGCAGGCGUGGGUGUCUCGAAGCCAGAAUUCUCUGCAGCUGUCAUAUUGACUGACAAGGGAGAUACUGUGAAGGCAUCUUACAUUCACCUUGUGAACCCAGUUACAAAGACCACGGUUGCUGCUGAAAUUACGCACAAGAUUUCGAAAAAUGAGAAUACCUUUACUGUGGGUAGUUCUCAUUUUGUCGAUCAUCUGACCACCAUGAAAACCCGAGUUAACAAUCAGGGCAAACUUGGUGCGCUUCUGCAGCAUGAAUGGAGGCCCAAAUCCCUCAUUACUAUAUCUGGAGAAGUUGACACCAAGGCUCUGGACAAGAAUGCCAAAAUUGGUUUGGCGUUGGCAUUGAAGCCUUGAGAAGUUGAGACAAUCUUUUUGAUAAUGGAUACUUAGGCUGUUUUUUAUUCUUCUCAGAGAUCAUUUCUAUAUUUUUUGAACAGUUAUCUGAAGGCAAAUUUGAAGUACUAAAAUUUGUUUUGAAGUCUUAAGGAAACUUGAAUAGAUAUUUUGUUCAAAUGGAUUGUUGUCUCAAGAAUAAAGAUUGUAUGGUCUUCGCUGUUCAAGUUGAUUUCUCGGUGAAGCCAUGAGCAUGAAUGGUAUUCCUUGUUUGAUUUCAAUCGAUUGACUUAAACGCCCAAUUACUUUUUGUACUCAAAUAAUGAAGUCAUUGUUCUGAUA